AUGCCUACCGAUGUGCCUUCAGCAUCUAAUUUUAUUAAAAAUGAUUUACCGCCUGGACCUCUAACCUGUUAUAGAAAGCAAUCAACUUUCUGUUGGAGAAAAAUGCAGGUGUUUUUAGAAUCUGAAGAUAUUAUUAAUUAUAAGUAUAAAAUUUGGAAAACAUUAGAAGGAGACCCUUUAUUUCAACAAAGUCCUAUUUCUUUACCUCAUGAAGAAUUCAGAAAAUUAACUACAUUAAGAGCCAAUAGAAUUAGGGAUUAUGAUUUUUUAAACAGAGAUGUGAUUAUGGAAAAUCCAAUUAGGUUUAUGAUCUCCAUUGGAGCUUUGACAAUGUAUGAUGCUAGUGCCUUAAUAAAAUAUAUCAUUCCAGCCCAUUUUUUUAACAACAGCAUUCAAGGAUUAGGUUCUAAAAUACAUAGUGACGUUAUUAAAAAAAUUGAAAACGAAGAAAUAAUUGGAUGUUUUGCUUUAACCGAGGUUUCACAUGGUACUAAUGUGAAAAAAAUGAGAACAACAGCUACAUUCGAUAAAGAAACUCAAGAAUUUAUUUUAAAUACUCCAGAUUUUGAAGCUGCAAAAUGUUGGGCUGGAAGUUUGGGAUCCUCUGCUACGCAUGCCACAGUUUAUGCUCAGUUGUUCACACCUGAUGGUGUUUGUCAUGGAUUACACGGGUUUUACACUCCUCUUAGAGAUCCAAACACGAUGCUGGCAUAUCCUGGUGUUGUUCUCGGAGACAUGGGUGAAAAAUUAGGUUUAAAUGGUGUUGACAAUGGUUUUGCUAUUUUUAACAAUUAUAGGAUACCUAAAGAUAGUUUACUAGAUAAAAAUGGAAAGGUAUCCUCAAGCGGAAAAUAUAUUUCUUGUAUCAAAGAUCCUAGAAAACGAUUUGGAGCAUCAUUGGGUUCAUUAGUGGCUGGAAGAAUGGCAAUAGUUAAUAUUUGCACUGGAAAUUUGGUCAAAGCCAUUUCCAUAGCCAUAAGAUAUUCUUCAGUCAGAAAACAAUUUGGUCCUGAUGAAGAUGAGCUUCCAGUUAUUGAAUAUCAGCUUCAGCAAUGGAGGUUAUUUCCUUACUUAGCGGAUGCUUAUGCAUUUAUGGUAUUAGCAGUUGCAACUUCUCAAGCUUUCGUGGAUUUCAAUAUCCUUGUUGCUUUUAAAAACAUGGAAGAAUUGAACGUUUUCGGUGUAGAACUUCAUGCUCUUAUGUCAUCUGCAAAGCCACUUGUCAGUUGGGCAGCACAACAUGGAGUACAAGAAGCUAGAGAAGCUUGUGGAGGACACGGGUAUUUAAAAUGCUCCGGUUUUGGAUCUUUGAGAAAUGACAAUGAUGCAAAUUGCACCUACGAAGGUGAUAAUAAUGUUUUGAUGCAACAAAGUAGUAAUUGGUUGCUAAGCUUGUUUAAAAAAUUAGACACUCCUUUUGAAUCUCCAUUGGGAUCAGUGAAAUUUCUAUACAAGGAAAAAUCUUUUCCUUCACCCACAACGGUCGAUGAAAUGUGCCAAAUUCCAGUGAUAAUAUCCAUGUACGAAUGGCUUUUGCUCAGGUUAUUAAGCGAAACUCAAAGAAUAUACGAAGAAAAUCUUAAAAAUAAUCAAAACGAUUCGUUCACGGCUAAAAACAAUUGUCAAGUUUUUUAUGCUAGAACAUUAUCAUUAGCUUACAUCGAGCAUUACGUUUUGUUAAUAUGUUGGAAUAAGAUACAAGAUGCCGGACAGGAAUUUUUUAACGAAGUCAAUAUUUUUAAAAAAUUGGUGUCGUUGUUCGGUUUGCAUCAUUUACAACGUCAUUUAUCUGAUUUUUACGAGGGAGGUUUCACGAAAGGUCCACUCUUAUCCCUUUUAAUUAAAAAAGCAAUUUUAAAAUUAUGCGAGGACAUAAAACCGGAUGCAGUUAGUUUAAUUGACGCCAUUGCUCCACCGGAUUUCAUAUUGAAUUCGGCCAUCGGUAAAUCUGACGGCGAGAUUUAUAAAAAUCUUCAAGCGGCUUUUUUGCAAAAUCCGGGAGUGACUCAAAGACCCGAAUGGUGGAGAGAAAUGACAAAAAAAUUCAGAUCAAGGCUUUAA